UUGAAGAAAUAUAUAUCCGUUUAAAGCUAUUGGGGCACAGUCGGAAUACUUUACAGUCGAAACUGAAACGUCGUCGAAUUCACAUCAGAGGUAUUACUUAAGCUGCUACUUUGUUCGGUUUAACAGGUAGAUCAUCAAGAUGUCUUCAAGUGGAAGUAAUUUAUAUAUAGACGACUUGGUGACCUUUGAUGAACCAACGGUGUCAAAUGAAAAAAGCGAAAUAGCUGAAUUUUUUUCUCAUACCAAUGUUUUGGUAACAGGGGGUACGGGUUUUCUAGGAAAACUACUCAUCGAGAAGUUGCUCAGAAGCUGUCCAGAUAUUUUAAGAUUAUAUAUGAUAGUGAGACCGAAAAAGGGGAAAACUGCUUUGGAACGAUAUAAAGAAAGUUUCGAAGAAGUUAUAUACGACAAAUUAAGAUGCGAGCAACCGAAUUUUCUGCAAAAAGUAGUAAUAUUAGAAGGCGAUGCAGCGAAAGAAGAUUAUGGACUGUCGCCAGAAGAUAAAAAGACUUUAAUGAAUGUGAAUAUUAUUUUUCAUGCAGCUGCAGUUGUGCGAUUUGACGAAAAAAUUCGGGUUGCAGUGAACAUCAAUGUCAGAAGCACAAAAUUCUUAUUGUCAUUUGCAAAAAAAUUACCAAAUUUUAAGGCUUUUGUGCAUGUAUCAACUGCAUUUUCCAAUUGUGUACGUAAGCAUAUUGAUGAAGUACACUAUACAGAUGUUAUAGAUGCAGAUAAAGUUUUAACAUUGUUGGAUACGUUGGAUGAUGGAAGACUUGAACAAAUGACUCCUAUGUUGCUUGAUAAAUGGCCAAAUACAUAUGUAUUUACUAAGGCACUAGGAGAAAAUGUAGUAUUAAAGUACGGUGAUGGUCUACCAGUUUGCAUUGUACGCCCCAGUAUCGUUAUAGCAACUUACAAGGAACCAAUUUCUGCAUGGAUAAAUAAUAUGUAUGGACCCACAGGUGUAGUUAUGGGUAGUGGUAUAGGUUUGUUACAUACAUUGCAUUGUAAAGAAGAAAAUAUAGCAGAUAUCAUACCAGCUGAUUAUGUUAUUUCCAACAUUAUUUCCUCUGCUUGGGAUGUUGCCAAUAGAAAAGUUGCAAUAAAGUCAGACCAAUUUUCUAAUUUACCUGAUGAGGAAAAAAUACCUGUUUAUAAUUCGGUAUCUUCUUGUCAAAAACCAAUUUCUUGGGGUGAAUUUAUGAAGCUUAAUGAAAUUUAUGGAUUAAUAGUACCUAGUACAAAAGUUAUUUGGGUUUAUACACUGACACUCAAUAGAUAUUUAUUUCUUCACAAUAUCUAUACUUUUUUAUUGCACAUAAUACCAGCAAUUAUCGGUGAUACACUGGCUCAUCUCACUGGUCGGACACCUAUAUUAUUAGAUGCAUACAAAAAAAUACAUAAAUUCAGCACUGUGAUACAUUACUUCGCAGUAAAUGAAUGGAAGUUUAAAAAUGACAAUGUUAUAAAACUUUGGAACAAGAUGAAUUCUACUGAUCGACAAAUUUUUUGCCUUAAUGUAGAAUACUUGGACUGGAAGGAAUACUUCUAUUAUCAUAUAAGAGGUGUUCGUAUGUAUUUAUUAAAAGAUCCUAUGGACACAGUAGAAGCAGGACUAGCCAGAUAUAACAAGUUACGUCUAGCGCAUAAUACAAUCAUUUUAAUAAUAUCACUAUUACUUUUAUGGGCUGCGAUAUCAUUCAUAAGUUUUCUUUGGUCUUUUUGCCCUUUAUCACACUAAUAAUUAUUGAUAGUAAUAUUGUAGUUCUUUUAUCUACAUUAGAUUUAAAACAAUUUUUUCCUAUUAAAGUGUACAUCCCUGUUACAAACAGUUGUUCACUAUCGAACUUAUUUCAUUAUAAUGAUAAUAGAUGUCGCCACAAAGCUAUAUUAUCUUUAUUAAAAUAAAAUGUAUAUAUUCUCUUAACUUUAUUACAAUAUCCAAUUUGUUAAGUAAGGAAAUAUUUGCUUUCAUAUUCUGUAAGAAAUAUUAAGAUUGUUUUAUAAUUGACUAAUUCUGUUGGUUCUGACAUUUCUAUAUUUGGUCAAAAUAGAAAACUAGAGAAGUUUCAAGUUAUUUACAAAUUUUAUUUAUAUUAUUUUUAUACUAUUUAUAUAUAAGCAAAAUAUUAAAAAUGUUCUACAAUAAUUAUAAUUUAUAUAAUCUUUAAGCAUUUUGUAAUAUGUGAAGCCUUUAUUUCAAAUUAUUAACUUGUUUAUAUAGGAAUAUUUUUAAUGAAUUAAUGUCACAAGUAAAAAGAAAUACAAGGUAUCAGAAGCGUUAUUGAAAUUCUUAUAUUGUGAAAUAAGAUGAAAAAAAGUGAAAUAGUUAUAUUAAAAAAUAGAAAUUUGAAAUGUCAUAUAGAAAUAUAUUUUCAUAAAUAAAUUAAAGAUUAAGAUUUUGUUCACUGAGAAUUUUUAACCGAGCGUAUCAAACUAAAAAGUUUCUAAUCAUGAAAAUGAAAUGUAUGCGUAGGAGUCCCUUCUCAAUUUAUAGCCGCGUUGUUAAUAGGUGCGACUACAGUCUUGUCUACAUGCUAGGCACAUUGUAUACAAAUUGAUUGAUUUAUUGUAGUACGAAGCACUACUGAAAUUGUUUUUUUUCCUAUUUAAAUACUGGAUGUACUAGUAGUUAUCAUAUCCUUCUUAUUUCAAUACUAUUUUUUACUUUAAAAUAUUAGCUUAAGUUUUACAAUUCUUAUAGACUUGUUCUAACUAUAAAUUAAAAUGAAUUAAUAGGAAUAAAAUAUAGAGAGCUGGGAGGAAGAUUUUGCAUAACUUUUUCGUGUAUCUUUUAUGGCUGUGUAUCAAGAUUUAUAUAACCCAUUUAAUAUGAAUAAUAAAUUUGUUAUGCUGUAA